UCACAAGUUUUGCAUCACUAAAGCUCGAAGCCAACAUGUAUCCUAAAUACUUGCUAGUCUUGUUUUUCCUGGGAGUUGUGGUCAUCAGCACCACAACACCCUCACUUGCUGAUCAGUUUCAGGCUGGUGGCGAUCCCAGGCCUAGGCAUGAACCUGAACCAUCCCAUGAGGGCCCACACGGGCCUCCCAAGAAGCCACCUCCAGAACAAGAACCACCUCAUGAGCCUCCUAGGGGUAAAGGCGAUAAACCACCUCCUGAACAUGAGGAGCCACAAGAGCCACCUAGAGGAAAGGGUGAAAAGCCACCACCGGAGCAGAAACCUCCACAUGAUCCUCAUCCUGGACACAUUUUGAUAGAGGAUGAUGAGGGUAGAGGAGGGAAACCAUUCCCAGAGCAUAAACCGCAGCAAGAGCCUCCUAAAGGUCAGGGAGAGAAGCCACCCCAAGAGCCUCCUAAGGGUAAGGGAGAGAAGCCACCCCAAGAGCCUCCUAAGGGUAAGGGAGAGAAGCCACCUCCAGAACAUGAACCACCCCAUGAACAUGAAGGACCACAACAACCUCCAAAGGAACAUGGUGAGAAACCACCCCAAGAGCUUCCUAAAGGUAAGGGAGAGAAGCCACCUCUAGAACACGAACCACCCCAAGAGCCUCCUAAGGGCAAAGGAGAGAAGCCACUGCCGGAACAUAAACCACCCCAUGAACAUGAAGAGCCACAGCAACCUCCAAAGGAACAUGGUGAGAAACCACCCCCAGAGCAUAAGCCUCCACAUGAUCCUCACCCUGGGCACAUUUUGAUGGAGGAUGAUAACGGUAAAGGAGGAAAACCAUUCCCAGAACGCAAACCACCCCAAGAUCCUCCUAAAGGCAAAGGAGAGAAGCCACCACGGAAGUUGAAGUCACCCUACAAACCUCCAUCAGCCAACUGAGUGCUUCACUACUAUGCAUGGUUAUAUAUAUACAUAGCUAGAUAGCAAUAAACUGUCUCUUACUUGGAUAUGUUUAGUCAGUUGCUUUUAUGUAUUGGGUUGUGGCUUAUGAGCAUUACUCUAUAUUAGUAUGCUCUUCCAAUGUAUGUUUACCUUACGUUGCCAGUAUUAUAAACCAUGCAUGUUUUCUAGUUUACGAAA